AUGGAUCAAAAUUAUCCAAUUAAUGGAACUUGUCAAGAAGAAAAUAGUUUAACCGGUAAUAAUAAUUUCGGUAAAAGAAGAGCGGAAGUUAAAACUAGUUUAGAUCUCAGUAAUUGUAAUAAACUUGCUGAAUUAACUUGUGAUAAUGAUCAGUAUAGCAUUCCCUUAGUAAUUAUCCCCACAAUAAAAAAGGAUAUCAUAGACAAGAAAAACAAAAUAGAACAACAAAAAGCUAAUUUAGAGUUUGAUGAUACAAAAAAAGAACUAUUAGAAAAAUUAAUUAUUUCUCAACGAGAUUCUAGUAAAGCUCAAAAACUAAGAUUGCCUUUCUAUAAAAUUGAAAAAGGGAAGUACAAAAUUUAUGAUGAAUUAGUAGAUAAACUAGGUGAACUAGGUGAAGAUGAAGAAUUUAUGAAAAAGAUACAACUUAUCUUAACUGACUGCGAAGAAUUAGUAGCCCAAGAACUAGAACUUGAAAAAUAUAAUCAGAAACAAGCAGAAAUAGUAAACAUCACUUUUCCGAAGAAAAAAAAUAUAAAAGUAACUAGUGUUGGGCUAUCAGAAAAAGAAUAUGGUUGA